UUCAAAAUUCACCCAUUGGACAUGAAAUAAUUCACUGGAAAAUAAGUGGAAAGACAGAGGGGGAAAUCAGCUGCCAGAGCUCAGAAAGUGUCUGAAGUCCGUCGGAAGAAAACAAGGAUUCAUCUCUGGCGUUCAGAACUCAGAGUGAUAUGGCUGGCGUUCUCCGCAAGCUCGCAGCAUGCAUCCCCUGCGUGUGGAUCUUCCUCAUGCUUUUCGACCCCAGCUUGCAAACCGGGGUUGUAACAGGUCACAGAGAGCCCAUUCCCGAUGACAGCAAAGACAACAUCACCAUCUUUACCCGGAUCUUGGACCGCUUGCUGGAUGGUUACGACAACAGAUUGCGUCCCGGACUAGGAGAAAGUGUGACUGAGGUGAGGACAAACAUCUAUGUGACAAGCUUCGGGCCAGUAUCAGACACAGAUAUGGAAUACACGAUUGAUGUGUUCUUCCGGCAAAGUUGGCGGGAUGAGAGGCUGAAGUUUGAUGGGCCUAUGCAGGUUCUUCCACUUAACAACUUGCUCGCCAGCAAGAUCUGGACUCCGGAUACUUUCUUCCACAAUGGCAAGAAGUCAGUAGCCCACAAUAUGACUACACCCAAUAAACUCCUGCGGCUGGUAGACAACGGAACUCUUCUCUACACAAUGAGAUUAACCAUCCAUGCUGAGUGUCCUAUGCAUCUGGAGGAUUUUCCUAUGGAUGCCCAUGCCUGCCCGCUGAAGUUCGGAAGCUAUGCCUACACCAACAAUGAGGUUAUCUAUAUCUGGACAGCAGAUGAUGAGAAAUCUGUUUCUGUGGCUCCUGAUGGCUCUAGACUCAACCAGUAUGACCUGUUGGGCCAUGUCAUUGGCAAAGAGACCAUCAGCUCCAGUACAGGAGAAUAUGUGGUGAUGACAACAUAUUUCCAUUUGAAAAGGAAAAUUGGCUAUUUCGUGAUCCAGACGUAUCUCCCCUGCAUAAUGACCGUCAUUCUGUCUCAGGUCUCCUUUUGGUUGAACCGGGAGUCCGUUCCAGCACGUACCGUCUUCGGUGUCACAACUGUCCUGACCAUGACGACACUGAGCAUAAGCGCCCGGAACUCACUUCCCAAGGUGGCUUAUGCAACAGCUAUGGACUGGUUUAUGGCAGUGUGCUAUGCUUUUGUCUUCUCUGCUCUCAUUGAGUUUGCCACUGUCAACUACUUCACAAAGCGCAGCUGGGCCUGGGAUGGUCAGAAGGAGGCCCAGGAGAUGCGGAGGCGAGAGUCGGCUUCCUUCUCCAAGAAGACCAACAACACUUUCAACAUCGUGGGAACCACCUACAGCAUGAGCGUAGCCAAAGAUCCCGGACUGACAACCGUCUCCAAGAGUGCCACAUCCACGUCCACCCCAUCCCAGCCGGUCCGAGAGAUCCGGCUGCCCAAAAUGGAUGGGGAAUAUGUGCCGGAGGGUGGAAGAAAGUCAUACAAUCGUGUCAGCAAAGUGGACAAGAUCUCUCGUAUCAUCUUUCCAGUGCUCUUCUUCAUCUUCAACCUGGCUUACUGGGCCACUUACGUCAACAGAAAGCCGACCAUCAACCGGUCCAGCCCACAGAAAUGAACAUGGAAACCAGAAACAAAUAAAUAAACUGCCAGUCCAGUCUUAAUCAGUAACAUGAUGCUACUGCUACUGUGUUCAUUUUCAUUUUUUAAGCA